GUUGUGAGAGUCAUACAAACAGCUUCACUUGCUAUAGCCACCGCGGUCGGGCGCAGUCCAGCGUGCCUUGUUUACGUCGAGGUGGAGUUACGGUCCGCUGGUCCUGCCAGAACACGUCCGAUUGAAAAAGUACAACGCUGAUGACUGAAACGACAACAACAAACAUCUGCAUGUCUGCACUGCUUGUUCCGUGCCACACAAAGUGCCAAGCUCUAAUACCUGUUGUUCACACAGAGGCAGACAAGGAGUGAGUGUGACAGAGAGGGCGGGGAUGUUGACCCAUCCCUCUGACUCGCUCCCUCACCUAGGUUUUCUCAUGGAUGAAGAUGCUCUCCCCACAAUCCCCUUGUGUAGUGCACCUCCACCACUUCACCUUCCCCCUUCCUCCAUCACUCCCAGCUGUGUGAAUGAUGGGAUAUCUGGCAACAGAAGAAGCGACUGCAUUCAAGAGAUCAGCUCUCAGACUCCCACAAAUCAGGAAGACGCCACAGAAGAAGGAGCCCGUCAGAAACCGACCUCACACACUCAGGACGCCGGCAACAUGGUGCAAGUGUCGGAGUCAAAGCACCCACGAGUGGAGGGCAGCGACGGGCAGCCGGCAGGAAAGCAGGGCGGAUUGGACUUCGCUGCUGCAGCCAAAUGUCAAAAUAAAAGAGAAGGCCUAGAACGUCCAAAUAUGACGCCGCCUCUUUUUAUCACCGAAAACUUAGAAAGGCAGCUUGUCUGUGAGGAGGAGCUGGUCGAUGCCGACACGGACACACCUGCUGUGCCGUGCCCCCGUGACGUCAACCUGCAAGAGUUGGACACCACCGUGGCUGCCAAGGGAUGGGUGAUCGGGCCGCUCUUCCAGUCGCUCAAGUCCAAAAUGGCCAGCUUCACAGAAAUAGUCAUGAGUCCUGCCAAACUCUUCCGACCCACCAGCCCCACCUCGACCCAGGAGGGGUCACCUGAAAAAGACUUGACGGAGGAGAAGCCCGUGGACGAUCAAAGUUUCUGGUCUCCGGUUGGACUCGACCUUGGAAGCGAAAGGUCGCUCUGCUCGCGGAAGCUUGCAUUUGACGUGGAUUUGUCACCAAGCAGUGACCAGCCUGAAGCGAUGGAACCGAAGGAGAACUCGGAGCCUUCGCCCAGUCCUCCGCCGCUGAUUAGCUCCGAUCAAGUCACGUCCUCCGAACCUUUUGUGUCUCCAGGUGCCACUGAGGAAGGCCGUCCCCCAAUCAAGCUGGUCCUCGGUGAUCGGCAGCUUAAACCAUUGCAGAGGAAGUGUGCACUGUCCAGAUCACUUCAACAGGGAGUGGACAAGUCAGACCUGGAGGUGAACUUUGAGCUGCGUUCUCAGAGGUGUCUGGUCAAACAGAAGAGUGCAGACUCGCCGUCCUGCCACUCUCAGCCGACUGUGGUGACCGUCCAUGAGGGAGAUGAGUUUGAUGGCCUGCACCGACCAAGCCUUCGGAAGAACAAGGCUGGAUCGGUUUCUGCGUUGCCCAAUUCCAAAAGGACUUUAAAAGGUUCUCACGAGGUGACGCAAAGAAAAAGACUGAAAGUAGAUGAUGCAAAAACAUCUGUCAGUGAAGCUCCCAGACGAACAAAACCACAGAAGAAGAAAGUUGUGUCACCAGAUUCUACAUCUGGCAAGGCGGUGAAGCCAGAGAACACAUCGUCGAGGCCAAAGAAUAAGAAGGAUGCUCCUUCCUGUGUGACCAUUCCGUCGCAGGAUGAAAGCAGAGACGAGUCUGAGAUCAAGCCGAGGCGCGGCAGACAGAAGAACAGUGGCCCCUGCAGGAGCCUUACCGCAGGAAGGGAUGCUGAAGUGGAGCUAUGUGUACCAAGUCAGCUGAAAGUCCUGAACCAAAUGAAGCCUCAAAAACGGAAGUUGCUGAACCAAGCGACAUCGAUUUCUACCUCAGUUGUGGAGCCCAACUUGAUUUCAGCUGACCCACUGAAAAAAGUGGACGAUCCAAAGUCUGAAGUCAGCCAGACAGCCAAGAAACCCAAGAAGGAGUCUCGGGUGGCCGUAAAGAGCUGCAGCGGUGAAGGAGAAGUUAAGUCUCAAAAGCCUGUCGGAGGCGGACUACAGAGGGGAGGCAGGCCGAAAGUGUUGUCCGAACCCGUUUAUUUUGAGAUGACUCUCUUGUCCGACUGCCACGUGACGCUCAGAAAGAACAAAGAAGCGCCUGUUGCCUCAGUUUCACCUGACUCAUCGGUGACUGGUGUGGACAGGCCCAACAGACAGCAGGGGAGGUCAAAGAAAGCAGGGCUCAAAAGCACUUCAGCCGACGAGCAGGUGAGCAGUUCGCUCACGCUGGAUGAUGUCCGCCUCCCUUCGUCCAAGGAAGGAGCUUUUCCCAGCCGUCUGUCGCGCAGCUUCUCCUGCCCAGAGAUCCCAUCGCUCUGCUCCAGAGACUUGCCGUGGACUUCUCUGUCACAGAGAAGGGCCCAGUCUUCCAUCCAGCUCCAGACCCCCCACAGCUUCGUCACUCCUCCAACAAACAAGGCUGUGCGCCGAACACGCCGUCACACCGUCUGCAGCCUGGAGGUGGAGCGGGAGAUCGCCCCGCUCUGCCUGCGCAAGGAGGUCUACCCGUCCAGACGCUCGAUACCGUACGACAAAGCCACCCAGCACCUCCCUCCGACUCUGGCGCUUUCUCCCACUUCCUCCCUCUCGGCGCUGGCUUCCUGUUUCCUCUCAAGUCCCCUGGCCUUCAUAUCAAGGAAGGCGGAGAGCAGAGAAGGCUCUUGUCACAUGACUUCGCCCACCUCUUCAUCGACCUCCUCGCCUUUGUCCUCCGUCUGGCUGCUCAGCGGGUUCCUCCCAAGGUCGGACUCUGGUCCUUCACUGGACUCCAACAGCAGUGCGAGUCCUCUGGAGACGCCGGUGGAGAGAAGACCCCAGAGUGAGGAGGACGAGGGAGAGAACACAUGUUCCUCCAGUCAGGAGUUUGAAGACGCUGCACUGAGAGAGGAGAAGUCUCUCUCUGACUCAGAGAUCAAGGCGGUCCAGACCAGCAAGGGGCGAGGGAAGGUGUCGUCGAUCCGUAUUCGGAAGGCUCUGCCCAAACCCCAGAACAACCUGACUCCGAUGGGCCUCCCCAAAACUGUCAGGGUGAAGAAGAAGGAGUUCAGUCUGGAGGAGAUUUACACCAACAAGAAUUUCAGCCAGCCACCAGAGAGCCGCCUGGAGACCAUCUUCGAGGUCCCGCUGAGCCGUCGCAAUGGCCUGGAGUCCAGCUUUGGCCAGAGGCGGAUGAAGCGGUUCGUGGAGUUCCCUGAACUGGGCCAGGUCCGGAAAGCCAAGAAGCCGCUUGUGGGCGUUGGGAAGUUGGGCACCUCGAGGACCAGACGAGGAGGAUUCGCUAAAGACACUCCCCCUGUGGCGGCUCAGGACGCCGAGUCGCUGCUGUGCGCCAAACUGGACCAGCUGCGAGUUUGGCUGACCAUCGACCAGACGGACAGUUGACAUCUGUUGACCCCUUCACUUGACUUUUGGCAGCGCUGGAUCCACAGUUCUAGACUCUCACUUGACCAGCAUCAUCCCGAGCCAGGCAGCUACUCUCGACACCAGCACCAUGAAUGUGACCACUGAGGCUGCGAGACGCCGACUGAACUUCCCUGGUUCUGAUCCAGGCAAACACACGUUUGAUAUUUCAUCAUCGAGUCUUCAGCUUGGAUUUCAGUGUGUGUCUGUGGGAGACUGAGAGUUGUGAACAUUGUGAAUGUCCCAGUGUAUGAAUGUGCUCCCGACCCGUGUUUUAGUGUUUGCACUUGUGUGACUGCACACUUGGUGUGUGCUUGUACGUCUGUCAGUGUGCGUGUGAGGCGGUGGUGCGUUCACAGGAGAAUUAUUGAGUUGAAAUGUUCAGACAUCCUCAAACAUUUGAGCAGGUCAGCUCCAGGUCCGUGCAGCCGUCCGGGACUUGCUUGUCCAAAUGUGAAGGAAAGUGGAAGCACUUGCCCUACAGCGCUCCCAUGUUGUCGUGCCAUGAUCUGCUACUUCACUCACCGACGCCUUAGUCACUGUCAUGUUGACAAACCACUCGAAGCACAAGACGUUUUAUAAAAGAUUUAUUAUUAAACUGUACAAAGGUCUGUUCAGCUCCACUGGUGUGAACGGCGUCCAGCGCAGCACUGCUGGGUUGCUUCCUCUGCAGACUUUCAACGCUUGUUAAUUUAUUUUGGUUUUGUUCUUAGUCUGCAUUAAAGGCUGGCGGAAGACAAAUCUGAUUGAUAUAAUAUAUAAUCCAUGAACGUGUGUGACGUCAUUGUGUCUUUUAUAGUCGCCAUGUUCCGAGUUUUAAUGUUCAAAUUGGAAAGUUAAUAAAUACGUCUGUUGAGGAUCUCUUGUCGUGUUCUG